CACGUUUUCUCAAUUUUAGAUAUUCUUCCACGUGUCAACAUCACGUUCAACCUUCACCGUUGUUGGAGGCAGUUCCGAGAACCAUCAAGAACUUUCGCAUCACCCAAAACCGCAGCUUUUAUAAUUUCCCCUAAAUUUCCCCCAUUUCUUAACUGAAAAUCAAGCCCCUCUCCCCAAGAAAAUUCAAAUCCUAAAAUCCAACUCCAUUCCUUCCACUCUCAGUUCUUGAAUUUUGUAGGAUGAUGUGGAAUCAGCCGUACCGCAAAAAUGACCCGGAGGCCGGAGCCAGGCCUUUGUAUCCAAUGAUGUUAGAGCCGCCGGAGAUGAGGUGGGCUUUUAUUCGGAAAAUUUACUCAAUCGUUGCCCUUCAAUUGUUGGCUACAAUCGCGGUGGCCGCCAUGGUGGUUGCUGUCCGACCGAUUUCUCAUUUCUUCGUUAGCACUGGGGCAGGCUUGGCUCUUUACAUAGUCCUAAUCAUCACGCCUUUCAUUACUCUUUGUCCAUUGUAUUACUAUCACCAGAGGCAUCCAGUGAACUAUCUUCUUCUUGGAGUCUUUACCGUUUCUCUGGCGUUUGCAGUUGGAUUAACGUGCGCUUUUACCAGCGGGAAAGUUAUUUUGGAGUCCGUGAUACUGACGGCUGUGGUGGUUGUGGCUCUCACCCUGUACACCUUCUGGGCUGCAAGGAGAGGCCAUGAUUUCAACUUCCUUGGCCCUUUCUUGUUUGGUGCUGUCCUUGUUCUUAUGGUUUUUGCUCUGAUCCAGAUUCUCUUCCCGUUGGGUAGAUUAUCAGUGAUGAUUUAUGGGUGCUUGGCCUCCAUCAUAUUCUGCGGCUAUAUCAUAUAUGACACAGACAACUUGAUCAAGCGCUACUCUUAUGAUGAAUACAUUUGGGCUGCUGUAUCUCUGUAUUUGGACAUAAUUAAUCUCUUCCUCUCACUGCUUACUGUUUUUAGAGCUGUAGAUGGUUAAAGGGGAUCACAUUGCCUAUAAGAAAUUCUUAUUAAUACCUAAACCUUGUUGUUAUCAUCUUUUUCCUUUUAUUUU